CAAUGAUCCAGUUCGUUGAGUCAGCUGUUGAUACCUUCAAUGGCGAGAAAAAAACAAAGAAGGAAAAUGAAAGAAUGGAUUCGACAGAUUUAAAAGAGGAAAAAGAUGGAGCACUUUAUGCUAAUGCCCCUCAAAUAGGUCCCGAAGUUGAUGAUCAUCGUCCAAAUCCUGAUGACCCUCGUCUGCGCAUUGAACCUCCCAGUGGUGUCGGCAUUCCUCAACCUCCAGUACCUCACGGUCGUCGUCGGAAAACUGGCGGCAUUCCUCAACCUCCCGUAUUUCACAGUCGUCGUCUGAAAACUGGCGGCAUUCCUCAACCUCCCGUAUCUUACCGUCAUCUCCCAAAUGCGUGAGAUACAUACAAAACCUCCUGAUGUUGACGGCAAAUGUGAAACGAGCAAAUGAACACUCUGUUUAUUUAAAGUUUACUUCUCAACAUCAAUAUCUUAGUCGAUGAUGAUCUGAAGAAG